CCGGGUCACGCGGCGGCGAGGCCAAUGGGAGCGGGGCUGAGAGAUUCAAACUGCGCGCGCGGGCGGGUGGGCGCUCAGUCAGUUCGUGAGCAGCGCCGGGCUGGUCCUCCCUUGCCGCUGAUCCCUUCGCCUCCCGCCAUGGCCCAGAAGCAGAUCUACUAUUCCGACAAGUAUUUCGACGAGGAGUACGAAUACAGACAUGUGAUGCUGCCAAGAGAACUUUCGAAACAAGUGCCCAAAUCCCAUCUGAUGUCUGAAGAGGAGUGGAGACGACUUGGUGUUCAACAAAGUCUUGGCUGGGUUCAUUAUAUGAUCCAUGAGCCAGAACCGCAUAUUCUUCUCUUCAGAAGACCUCUUCCAAAGGAUGAGCAGAAAUAAACCAUUGGCUAUAAGUCUUCUACGAAAUCUUCUGGAACUAUGUAUAUGAGUGUAUAUAUGUUGGUAGUAUUCAGUGAAUACUUUAAAAUGUACAAAACUUACAUCCACACCUGUGCAUGAGCUGUAUUAUUCACAGCAACAAAGCUCAGUCAAAUGCAAUUUAAAGUACGCUGCUCUGGAGUUCAAAGAGUGAUAAAGUUAUCUUUUACUGUUAACUGAAAAGUCAGAUAGGUGCUGACAUUAAUUUUGUUUAUUAAAGUUUGUGUUGAGUGUUCUGACUAGAUGAUCGCUUGUUAACUGUGUUCUGUAACUUCUGCACUCAGAUUUUUGGCUGAAGUGUAGCAUGUUCCAAGCCAGUGGUUCACCUGUUUAGAAGCAGUCAUAAAGAAAUAAACUA